AUGCCAUCCGCUCCUCCCGAGUCUCCCGUAGAUCAUCAGACCGUGGCUGGCUCGGUCGUCGACCACGAGAAGGGCGAUCGCGACAAUGUCGGCGUUCAACCCACCUCCGACCCUCCCAGCCCGUCCGAGAUCGUCCCUCCAGACGGUGGCUUUGAUGCCUGGAUCACCAUCGCCGGAGCCUGGCUGUUCCAGUUCUGCACGUUUGGCUACAUCAAUGCCUUCGGUGUCUAUCAAGACUACUACACGAGGACCUUCCUUACCAAGUACACGGCCUCCGACAUCAGCUGGAUUGGAAGCUUUCAAUUGGCCAUGCAAUACUUCCCGGGAGUUCUCGUCGGAAGGGUAUUCGAUGCUGGAUACUUUCAUCAUCUGUGCAUCUCGGGCUCUAUUCUCUACGUCUUCUCAAUGUUCAUGCUAUCGCUCGUCAAAGAAAACCAAUAUUAUCAGGUGUUUCUUUCACAAGGAGUUGGUAUGGGCGUUGCCCAAGGCAUGCUAUUCCUUCCCUCGCUCACCAUCGUUCCGCAUCACUUUCGCCGUCGUCGAGCCUUGGCGACCGGCAUUGUCGUCACUGGAUCCUCCGCGGGUGGGAUCGUCAUCCCUAUCAUGCUCAAUAGACUCUUCCGGUCGCACCUGGGAUUCGCCAACGGUGUCAGGAUAGGGGCGGCUAUGGUCGCCGUCUUGCUGAUCCUUGCGAAUCUCAUGGUGCGCACGCGCUUGCCUCCAAAAUCGGCCAGAUCUUCGUUCUCUCGCGACGAUCUGAAACGCAUCUUGACUGACUGGCCGUACAUGACCGCCAUGGCUGGGGCAUUUUGCACCAAUCUCGGAUUAUUCUUCCCAUAUUUCUACAUGCAACUCUGGACCAUUGAGCAUGGUAUUGAUCAAACACUGGCAUUCUACACUUUGGCCAUCGUGAAUGCCGGCAGUGUGGGCGGCCGCCUCCUCCCUACCUUUCUAGCAGAUAUCGUGGGGGUGUACAACAUGCUCUUGCCUUGCAUGGCAUCUUCCGCGAUACUGCUUUGGGCAAUAUUCGGUGCGAAAACAUCGGCUGGAGUCAUCGUCGUAUCGCUUCUAUUCGGAUUCAGCUCUGGUGCUUGUAUGAAAUUAUUUCCUCUGUCUACCUUUCGACCCUUUCGGCUCACUUCUUUCUCUAGACGUUUCUCUGAUCCCGAACCUCCUCGCAUGCCUCGCACGGAACAUCUCUGA